UUUUGCAAAGUCGCCACUAUAAAUUUUCUGAACAAACGAGUAGAAGAGAAGAAAUUUCGUAGUCUUAUGACUUUUUUUCUCCGGAGUAUCUGACCCACCCUCGUGCGCUGUUUAUAUUUAUUUUUUAUCAUUAUAUUGUGUCGGCUAUUCCACCGCCAUAAGAGCUUGAUAGAUGUCCACGCAGCUGAACCUGAGCUGGGCAAAAUUGGAAAAACACAUCCUCCUGUCUGAUCUGAGUUCAUCCCCUGUAACUCGUAAACAUCAAGAAGGAGAAGGUUCUAGUCCUACACGUUCUUCACUUGGCGCCAUAAGACACAAAGAUUUCCCUUUUUCCCAAAGGCCAAAGCGAGCCCAUGGCUGUAACCCAGAAAGACCAAGUCCAUCCACCGCCUGCUCGACAGCGGAGGGUUAUAAUAGAAAACAACCACGGGGAGAGGCUUGUGGGGAUAUUACAUGAAACUGGCUCAAAAGAGCUCGUUAUAUUGUGUCAUGGCUUACAAUCCACAAAGGUGUUAAGAGUUUUGAACGCAUUCCUAUGGUGAACCUUGCUUCUGCUUUAGAAAAACAAGGAAUCAGUGCCUUCCGCUUUGACUUUGCUGGAAAUGGGGAAAGUGAAGGUUCAUUUCGGUAUGGUAACUAUCGUAGAGAAGCAGAUGAUCUACAUUCUGUAAUUCAACACUUUCUUGGGGAGAAUCUUUCAAUAACUGCCAUUGUUGGGCAUAGUAAAGGGGGAAAUGUAGUGGUUUUGUAUGCUGCAAAAUAUAAUAAUAUUUCUGCAGUUGUGAACAUUUCUGGUCGUUUUGAUCUGAUAAGAGGCAUUGAAGGUCGCCUAGGUAAAGAUUUUUUACAAAGAAUCAAACAAGAUGGAUAUAUCGAUGUAAAGAAUAAAAGAGUUUAUACGUACCAGUCACCUGUUGACUGUUCCCGCUGCAUCUUAAUAGGGAAGUUUGAGUAUCGUGUAAGUGAAGAAAGUUUGAUGGACCGCUUAACAACUGAUACUCGUGCAGCCUGCCUAUCAAUUCAUGAGAACUGCAGGGUUUUGACAGUUCAUGGAUCAAUGGAUAAAAUUGUACCAGUUGACGAUGCUUAUGAGUUUGACAAGUUCAUACCUAAUCAUAAACUAUGCAUUGUAGAAGGAGCUGAUCAUGAAUAUACCUCUCAUCAAGAUGAGUUGGCUUCAAUUGUGUUGGGCUUCAUUAAGAAUGACCAUUUUCAUCAGAGUGGAAAUAGUGAAGACAGUUCCGUUCCUUCCCGAUUGUGACUGUCAUCCUUACAGUAAUAUUUGUAGAAAUUAGUACAUACGGAAACAUCAUCAUACUGUAUGCAGCUAAGGCACCUAUGAUACAUUCAAGUCAAAAGUUUCUACAAAUUUCAGGGAAAAUUUUUGUAAUUAAUUUCGUGAGAGUUAAAUUCUUCUGGUGAAUCCCAAUUUUCGGUUGCUACACAUUGACUGAUGAGAAAAAAAGAUAUUUACAUUCUCAUAAUCAGCAAUUAUUUUAUUUUAUUGUCA